AUGUUAUUAUUAUCAGGAUUAUUAGGCUACAUAGCAAGUGGACGUAAUGCAAUGUCAUUAUUAUUCAGUUUAGAAGUUAUGUUAGCUGGUGUUACAUUAGGUUUCAUCGAUACAAGUUUAGAUUUAGAUGAUGCUAUGGGUAUCAUAACAGCUUUAUUUGUAUUAUUAUUAGCUGGUGCUGAAUCAGCUAUUGGUCUAGCAUUGCUAGUAUCACAUUAUAAUUUAAGAGGUGGUGUUAAUUUAGAAUUAUAA